AAAUCUUUCACGGUUAGAUAGAAACUUCGAAAUUUUGCUGAGGAGAUUUUUAAUAGUCUCUCUAAUAAAUUAAUAUGAAUUUUAUUGCAAUUUUAACACUUGUUGUUUUGAUGUCUGUUGAGAUCCGCAGAAAUGACGCCAUGGUGGACAAUGCCAGGUUAGUUUUAAUCCAAACCAACAGGAAAAGGCGUAGUCAUGGAGUCGCACCUUUGACUUUGGAUCCUAAUCUCAGCAAGGAUUGCGAAAUUUAUGCUAGGAAACUUGCGAAAUCGCAAACUUACACCAAACCCGACCCCACUAAUUACACAUACACAGAAAAUAUAUGCAAAUUCGAAUAUAGAUAUGCCGGACUCCCAAGAUGCGUCAACUACUGGUAUCAAGGACACGAAUAUUAUUAUCCACAUGCAAGAUAUUUUCAAUACUCUGCUAUGAUUUGGAAGACUUCAAAAUAUAUGGGGCAGGGAGACGCCGAAAUAAGCCCUCAGAGAGGCAUUAUGGUGGUCAGAUACACUCCCCCUGGAAAUAUUGCUGGAGUUUUCUUUAGCAACGUGCCCCCCAGGAUACAUAACAAGAAGGAAUCAAAGAAGUUAGUACAUAUAAGCUGUGCGACCCGUCUGGAUCAUCGAUUUUUAAUGUUAUUUUCGGUUUUCUUAUGGAGAUCGGUAAAAGAAAAUUUAGACCACGCCUUUUAAUUGUUAUAAAUUAUUGUACAAAGUUUUGCUUCCUCCCCAAGACAUAAUAAAUGUAGCUUACCUUUGCUUAGGCUUUGGGAGAACUUA